CGUCCGCAGUUCGCGCGAGGCCUGCUGCCAGAGGAAGAAAGCGCUUUCAAUACAGUGAGGUCAUGUUAUCGAGACAAGCAGCAGAAUAAGCGCUAUUAAUAAUCGAUAGAGUCUUCGCCACAUCGUUUCUGAAGAGUCCUGGUAUUUACGUGGCAUUUAGGAUAGCGGGAGUGUUUAUAUUUCAGUCGUCGCAGGUCUGUAAAAGUCUGCCUUGUUCGGAUGCUCACACAUCGGCUUCACCAUGAACAAAAAUAAGCGAGAAAAAGAAUUCUACAGCGUCGAUGUGGGUGAUUCAACAUUCACAGUGUUAAAGCGGUAUCAGAAUCUAAGACCCAUUGGCUCGGGUGCUCAGGGAAUAGUCUGCUCAGCAUAUGACCACAACCUUGAGCGAAAUGUGGCUAUAAAGAAACUCAGCCGGCCUUUUCAGAAUCAGACUCAUGCCAAACGCGCAUACAGAGAGCUGGUGCUCAUGAAGUAUGUCAACCAUAAAAACAUAAUAGGUCUGUUAAAUGUUUUUACGUCACAAAAAACAUUAGACGAAUUCCAAGACGUUUACCUAGUAAUGGAGCUGAUGGAUGCCAACCUCUGCCAGGUCAUUCAGAUGGAGCUGGAUCACGAGCGGCUGUCCUAUCUGCUGUACCAGAUGCUGUGCGGGAUAAAACACCUCCACUCGGCGGGGAUCAUCCACAGGGAUCUGAAACCCAGUAACAUUGUGGUAAAGUCAGACUGUACGCUGAAGAUCCUGGAUUUCGGUCUGGCCAGGACAGCAGCUACAGGUCUGCUGAUGACACCAUAUGUGGUGACACGUUACUACAGGGCCCCUGAAGUCAUCCUGGGAAUGGGAUAUCAAGCCAAUGUGGACAUUUGGUCUGUGGGCUGCAUUUUGGCAGAAAUGGUCCGUCACAAAAUCCUUUUUCCUGGGAGGGACUAUAUUGAUCAGUGGAACAAAGUCAUAGAGCAGCUGGGAACACCAACGCAGGAGUUCAUGAUGAAACUCAACCAGUCUGUGCGAACCUAUGUGGAGAACAGGCCGCGAUACACUGGAUACAGCUUUGAGAAGCUCUUUCCCGAUGUCCUGUUCCCUGCUGAUUCAGAACACAACAAACUGAAAGCAAGCCAGGCGCGGGACCUGCUGUCUAAAAUGCUGGUGAUAGAUGCAUCCAAGCGAAUCUCUGUGGAAGAAGCUCUGCAGCACCCCUACAUUAACGUGUGGUAUGACCCAGCUGAAGUGGAAGCGCCACCUCCUGUAAUCACAGACAAACAGCUCGAUGAGAGGGAACACACAGUGGAGGAGUGGAAAGAGCUGAUCUAUAAAGAAGUUCUGGAUUGGGAAGAACGGAUGAAAAACGGUGCCAUUCGAGGUCAGCCUUCUCCUCUAGCACAGGUGCAGCAGUGAUCAACGGCUCACCCCAGCCCUCCUCCUCUUCCUCCAUCAAUGAUGUCUCCUCCAUGUCCACAGAGCCCACCGUGGCCUCAGACACAGACAGCAGCCUUGAGGCCUCCGCAGGACCCCUGAGCUGCUGCAGAUGACUAUCACCUUCCCCUGGAGUUUCUCUGUGUGUGGCAUGGUAUCAGAUUUAGGCCAGUCUAAUACUUCAUUUCGGGUCAGGUGUGGCUUUUUUGAGUUCCGCUCUAGAUGCUGUAAAUGACUACACAGUUUUAUCUUUUUAGCAGCAGCCCUAAUAGGCUCAGCCAAUGAUAGUGAACUCCUUAACAAAUCUCUUCUUUUAUAAGCUACGUUUAGGGUAAUUUGUCAAGUUGUCGUAGAGUGAUUUUGGAAGGUAAUCUGUAAAGAUUGAAUUGUGAAUAUAUUUUCUCAAAUAAUUUUUUUCCUGGUCAAUGUAUAAUUUUCUUGGUCACUUGGGAUAUGAAAAUCUUUAGAAACAAGUCCAUAUUAGUAUUUUUAAAUGGAUAUAACAAUAUUGCACAAAUUAAUAUCAGCAUAGUUAUUUAAGUUCAUUUUGGCAUAACCUGCCUGAGGUGGCUUUUUCUGGGUCAUAUUUUCCGUCAUUGAGCGCAGCGUAUUUUAUUUAAAUUUUGUACAGUUUCAUUUAGAUAUAACAACUUACAACAUCAAAAAAAUAUAUUUUUUAUGUACAUUGAUUUAUUUUACCAGGAUGUUCUUUUUUUCAUGAAUAGUUUUGCUGCUGGUUUAAUUUCCUGGUUGAAUGUGAAAUGUGACGUGCUUGUGCGUAUGUCUCUGGUGUUCUAGUUUUUGUUCUAGUCCUAGUUACCUAGGAUUUCAGCACCUUUUUUAUUUUUUUAUAAUUAAAAAAUUGUUUUACCUCUUCAAAAUCUGCAUAUAGAACAAGCAUUGCGCUUCAUUAUUGUAUCAUUGCAUUUUGCAUUUUUUUCUCUAAUGUUUUUUCCAACCCUUAAUGAGGUUUGGUUUCGUGACAUAUGAGUCCGAAAUUUCAUGAGCUGGUAGAACAAAUGUUAAUAAUUUACAAUCAUUUUAUUAUUAUUAUUUGGAACACCAAUAGAGUCUACACUGGUUCAUUUUUAGCAUAUUCCAUUAGAGUUUUAAGCUACUUAUUUAUUUUUAUACAACAGUGAAUGAACCAGAUUUGAAAAUGAUUUAUGUCUAGAUCGGUUUUCCUUUUUUUUUUUUUCAUCAUUUUGGAAGGUCUUUAUUGGCAUGUGAUGUCCUGUAAAUGAAUGGGUGCUUUGUAACUUGUGUCAUUAAAUACUGUGGAGCGCCGCACAUUAUUUGAUAAAACGUUUAAGAAAUAAUCAGGGAAGUGGGUUUCUUUUACAUUUGCUUCUGAAUGUGAAGGUGAUAGAGAAUGGCAAAUCGGCCUAAAGUUGAGGAGUUUAAAGAGGGAAUCUGAAUGUUGUUGACAUGGGGUUCAGCCCAUUGGAUAUAUUUACCUGUGCACAGGGUAAAAAACUCAAUAUUUUGCUAUUACUUUAUAUUAUUGCUGUUUUGUUUUAAGUGCUCUUAACAGUGGCAAUGAUAUUAAACCCUACAUACUUGCCUGGGAAGCCUGAGUCUGCUGUACCUGCAAAGAGCAAAAGCUUCUCAACAUGUGAUAUGUUCUGGACAUGAAACACAAAGCCGUUUGAAGGUCGAGUCUGAACUACCUCACACUGAUACCAUACUGCUCACAUUUUAAUAGUAUUAUUGUAACCUUUAUUUCAUUUUAUUUAUUUAUUCGGAAAAAAUAGGAGUGUUCAACUGUCUGUAUAGUUUGAAUCUAUGAGAAAGUACUGUAUGUAUGUGUAUACAAUUCAGCGAGUAUCUUUGUUUAUUCUAAUCUAGACUGUUUUUUUGUUUUCUUCAGCUUAUGUGCAGUAACUCAAAGCUGAACAAUGAACCAUGUUAUUUCAGACUCGACAUCUAUAUGAAAAUGUUUGGAAGGUUUCUGUCCAUGUUUUGCUGUUUCGAGAAAAAGAAAUGAGAAUAUUAAAAAAGAAGUGGAAAAGUUUCUCAUCCCCAAUCUCAACGAUGGGCGGUAUCUUGCAUGUCCUGCUUAGCAUUUGAUUUUAAGUCCAGAACACUGUACAAGAACUAUAAGAUCAUGGUGCUGGGUUUAUUAGACUGCACAAGCUGAUGCAGUUGUUUUAUAUUAGGGUUAGCAGAUUACCAUCUCAUUAGAAUGCACUGAAAUUCAAUUGUGUUACCAUUAUAGCAACUGGAAAAAUGAAAAUAAACAAUUGGAAAAUGA